AUGGAGUAUGUCAUUCGCGACAUGGAGUACGUCAGUGGCAGCGACUUUGAGGAUGAGCCGCUGGGGUUCCCUGGUACUCUCGAUUCCGACCCCUUACCGACAAGUGAGGUCGUGGAGCCGGUGGAGGAGGUGAACAGUGCCCCUUCUCCAGAACCAGAGACACAGGAAGCGCCGGUGGAAAGCGAAACAACGGAACCUGUACUCGUUGAAGAUGUACAGACGACACAAGUACCAGAUCUAGAGUCUGGACCUUGGAAACGAAAACUGCGAACGCGAACAUUCGCUCAACAACGACCAUAUGCAUACGACCAGUUCAUCUACAAGGGUCUUGGACUGGACGCCAGCGAUAUCAGAGAACUGCAUUACCACCGAAGUGACGAUGAAGAGUACGAGUACCAGGAUCAACAGGAGGACAUCGAAAACAUUGCUGCAAUAGACGCAGAUGAUUUGGCAGGUCUCAUGUCCGAUUCUGACUCACCGGACUUUGUUCCUCCUGUUGUAUACAGCGCGGAACAAGCAGCUGAAAAACGAGCUGAGAAAGAGAGAAAAUGUGUGGAAAGAGAACAAAAGCGACUCGAGGGGGAGAAGUUACGUCUAGAAAAGGAAAAGAAACGGGCUGGGAAGGAACAGUUGCGUAUAGAGAAGGAAAAACGACGCCUGGAAAAGGAGGCAAGGAAAACUUCUAGAUCGACCCAACCCACCGCUUACCAACGGUUUUUUCUCGAGUCAGACGAUGAAGAUGGAGGUCCAAUUGAUACACCUGGUGGUGGUAGUGAUGGAAUUGCUGGCUCAGACCCGCCAAACCCAUCUUCUCAGAGAAGUAUUGUGAUCACAGACGAACCUGAAAUUGACAGAAUGGAAGAGCCCAAGAAACGCAACAAAUCGAGCAAUCCCAGGCCCCCGAAGCGACCAAGAUCAAACGACUACAUUCCAGCUUCUACAGCCAAAACGAGACGAAGACCUCAACAGCUGACUCUGGAUUUUGGCACCACCAAGGGCAGCAAGGGUGCUAGCAGAGACAAUCACGUUCUGGCUGCCGUUCGAGCCAUGGCAAAGUCAACAAAGGAAAUGUUCACUAGGUCACAUGCCAUUAAUGCUGCUCAGAAACGCAUGUUGUCGUAUCGCCGGACUCCCAACAUUAGAGAGGAGCGGCAUUGGUUGGACGACGGAGGAGGACAGAUUGGAGAUGGUACCGGAGGAGCAGGAGGGGGGAGGUCAUGGGGUGGAGGACAUGUAAGAUCACGUGACCAGGGCACUUUGUCGUGGUCGCGUGAGGGAGGCAGGAAUGGGAGCAGUGGCGGUGGGGGGAUUGCUGGGUCACGGGUUUCAGCGGGUGGUGGUGGAGCAUCAAAUAACUCAAUCCCUGGUCUUGGCUCUGGCUCUGGGGGUGUAACACGUGGACAGACUAGGAUUUCCAGAUCACGUGGUCUCACACGGUCAAGUCCUUCAGUAUCACGUCCUGCUGGGUACCGUUCUCUACCCCGAAUCAGAGACAAACGAGCUGGUCCGUUGGAGCAUAUGAGACGAGCAGCGUGGAAUCAGAUUCAGGAAAUGAAAAUGAAAGCUCGGGUGGGUGGUGGACACUAUUCUGGUCAUUCUGGCCCCGUGGAGGACAACACAACCCAAAAAAAACACGUGACUAGCCACUCUAUCAACCCUGGGCAUGCCCGACGGGGUGGUACUCGCCACCUUGGUCACAGAACCUCACCUUCGCCAACCUCCAGAAACGGUUUCAUCAACGAGUACGGAGUUCGAGUUCUUCCUUCUGACAAUGUUGCUGGGGAAUACAACCAGCGGAGGCAUGCUUCAGGUGUUCAUGUUCAAAGUCUAGAUAUUGAUCACGUGCAUUUGGACGCUUCUCAGCGUGGUUCUCGGUUCAAUGAAAAGGAGUCUGGAGAGUAUGCUAUUCGAAGACGUAUUGGAGGUCGCACUGGAGUCAGGCGUGAACCUGAACCUGAGCCUGAGACUGUGUCUGACUUCGUCGGCUUGACAGAGAUGAUUGAGGGUGGAGAUGAACUGCAUGAUACCUUGGAUGUUGACUACAUUGGUGAUUUUGAUAAGCCCAUCGAUGUAGAUAUUGAUCCCCCCGCUCUUUCUUCCACCUUGGACCCUGUUCAUGUGGAAUUUGCCAAUCGUCUUUCCCAGCAUGACACCUUUGAAACUACCUUUGGUCUAGCUAACAAGAUUUACACGCUGGAGCCCAUUUUUCUUGGACGUCUCAACUCGCCUUUGGAGACUUGGAUGUGCCCUGUCUCUCAGAUUAUGGUCAGCCUGAAUGAUGUCAAGCUGAUCUUUGAUAAGAUUCUUGGCGUUAUAGAGGACGGUAGGCGUCGAGAGGAUGUCUAUGAGGCUCUUAGGUUGGUCUUUUCGCAUCCUGUUCAAGAAACCACGGUUCUAGAGGAGUUCAAAAACAAUAUUAUGGGUCUAGAUGUCGGCGAUCUUUCCGACUUGAUCGUCUCUUUGGUCAAUUAUAGAUGUCCUCUUGCUGGUGAGCUUCUCAUUGACACAGAUAAGCUCUAUGUUGCUGUCAAAGACCAUGCUCGUCCAUUGCUGGUUGAGGCAGCUAUGAUACGUAACGACCCUAUCCACAUCCCAUUCUUGUCAGACGGCAUUCCUUCUCUGGAGCGAGCUUGGAGGAGUCUCUUUGUGGCCAAAGCCAUUGGCAGAGACGAAUCAGAUGCCAUGUUGGCAUUACUUGAUCUGCUGCCGCCCACAAUUGUCCACGAGGAUCGUGACGUUCAACAGGUUGACAUUGAGCGUUACAAGAAGAUUCUACUGAUGAGAACUCAGCUACUCUGGCGAUUUUCAGGUGAAGCGAUUCUCUGGUGGGCUAAGAACACCCCUUAUCCAGAUACAACUAUUCCAGAGCUUGACUUGGAGCGUCUGGCACCUGGAAAUGCGUUCUUCACGGUUGCCAAGAUGGUUUCGGAUGUGUACAAGAGUGGUCAUUAUGGCCCAGCUUCUGAUGUCGCUGCUGGGCUUGUAUCUGGUGUUGGUCUUCGGUUUCCACGUGACGAAGGCUUCCAUCGGAACAAACUGCGUAAGCUCGCUCAAACUUACAUUUAUCUCAUGCUCCGAGUUCGGGAUAUAUAUGAUCCUGAACUUCGACCGUCGUUCGCGCAGCUUCAGGACACUGUCCACACCGACAAGGCGCACCUGGAGGUCAUCCGCAUCGAGUUUGCCGCUGCUAGACAGACUCUUCAGAUAGUCAAUGGCAGUGGAUUCACUGAGGAAGAUCGAAAGAGUGUCCUUAAGUGGCUUGAUCAGAUGAUCCAAAUGACCACUCGUGAGUACGCUACCCUGGUUAGAACACGAUACGCCGGAGAAUAUGAGAACCUUUUGAUUCAGAUAUUCGAGCAGGUUGAGGAGGCUGGACAAAGUGUGAUUACUCUUUUGACUCUUCCGGAUGGCAGCUGGCAGAAAAUGUCUGAGCCAAUGAAUCGAGCUUUGAUCAAGUUGGUCCAAAAGACCCCUGAUAGAGAACGUCCCUUGACAAAGGCUUUCGCCAAGUUUGUUGCCAAACAUGGUCCUAGGUACUACAAAGACUUUGCUCAGAUGCAUCCUCCUCCUCGCAGCUAUCCCAUGCCUCAAGAGGCUCUCUGGAUGACUAUGUCAAUUGAGGCAGGAACUUAUGUGGAUCCCAUCGAUGUGACUUACAUUGCCGUCAAGUCGAUGCUUCUCAAGAAGACUCACGAGCCGUUGUGGAGUCAUGUUGUUGAGCUGAAGGACGUGAAUCUCACUGGCUUAUCUCAAGACAUGAUCCUCCAGAAAAUUAUGUUGGCUACAACUUCAGGGCACUUGGCAGGACAGCUACUGGAGUUCAUACGUGACAACCUUGACUUCUUUGACAAGGAGUCGAAGCUUCUUAUUCAGAAACUGGUGUCUUAUCUAAAGGGUAAUGAUAACACUGCUGGAGCUCCCCAGCUUCAAUGGUUCCUGAACCCUGCCAAUUUUGAACUUCAAGCUGACUCGUCGCAAUUGGCCCAGUACUCGAGUUUGUUAAAACGUUCAAGACAUGAGAGUGAGAUCAAGAACUAUUUGCUCGGCACGUUGUCCAUUUCUCUCAUUCUCGACGGAGGGCAGGUCUUCUAUGAGGCCGUCAAGGGCAUUGGUAUGGCCACAACUCAUCCGAUUCAUGCUAAAGCCUUGAUGCAGAUGUUUGAGUCCUUGGUUUACUCCAAGAAGCAUGCUACAGUGCUAUUUCUGCCGCUAUUCUUACGCCUCAUGGUCACCAUGGGCAAUGAAGAGCUAUGGAUCCAACUUUGGAGCCAUGCCUACGUCAGGGUCAAGACAAUCAGACUGGACCACCUGUCGAGUCUAGAGAACGCUUACCUUGCUGAAUUUCUUCAUCUCACCUCUCUCAUCCCUUCGGAAGAUUCGACUUCGGUGCUCUUGGACAUCUUAGGAGUACCUCACUCAGCAACUAGCAUCUCAUCCGCACUAACACGGCAAAUGGACAGAGACGUAGACGCCACUCUAGAAAAGUUUCAUGAGAACAGUGGCAAAUGGACUCGAGGAGUGGGAAACUCCACUGAUAAAAUUUCUCUGCAUUUUAUUACGGCAGACAACAUGGCCAGUCCUUAUGACUCUGUCAUCCAGUGCCUUGCCAGCACUAUCAUGUAUCACCCUGUGCUUCUACCUCGGCUCAAUUUCCUCGCUUCUCAAAAUCCCUGGAUUGGGCGGUACUUGGAGCAGCAUUAUUUUCAGGGUUGCCAGGUGACUACUCUCGACGAUGUCUUCUUCUAA